AUGACCGGGACCCGUCGAGCUGCCCCGGCUGCACCGGGAACCCCGGCUACACCAACGCUUUUGACAAAUGCAACGACAACCACAGGCCGAAACCAAUCCGGAGGCCACGAUCCAAAGAAGUUCAUGAGUGAACUACACAACGUCCACAUGCCAUCUUGGGCUGUUGCCGCCCUUUGCAUCGUGAGUUUGUGCCUGGCGUUGUCCUGUGCUGUGUGCGUCUGGAAGAAGUGCUUGAAAAAGAAGGACAAGGACAAAGAGAAGGACAAGAAGAAGGGAAAAGAGAAAAGCAAAGGAGGCUUUGACACUGAAAUGGAUGGAGGUUGCAGCGAGGAACCGAAAGAUGAAGGCAUCAAAGAGACAGAGCUGUCAGAUAAAGAGCCCAAAGAAGACGAGAAGCUGGGGAGACUACAUUUCACACUAGACUACAACUUCACAGAUAACACACUGGUAGUGGGCAUCCUGCAGGCUGCAGAGCUUCCUGCCAUGGAUGUGGGAGGAAGCUCUGACCCUUACGUUAAACUCUAUCUGCUCCCGGACAAAAAGAAAAAGUUUGAAACUAAAAUUCACAGGAAGACGCUUGAACCGAACUUCAAUGAGACUUUCACAUUUAAGGUACCGUACACUGAGCUGGGCGGGAAGACACUGGUGAUGACGGUGUACGACUUUGACCGUUUCUCAAAGCACGAUGCCAUAGGAGAUGUGAAAAUACCGAUGAGCGGCGUGGACUUCAGCCAGUCUCUGCAGGAGUGGAGGGACCUGCAGAAGGCAGAGAAGGAGGAGAGCGAGCGGCUUGGAGACAUCUGUUUGUCCUUGAGGUUUGUGCCCACUGCAGGGAAGUUGACGAUGGUGAUUCUAGAGGCCAAAAACCUUAAGAAAAUGGAUGUGGGAGGAUUAUCAGACCCUUAUGUGAAGAUCCACUUAAUGCAGAACGGGAAACGACUCAAGAAAAAGAAAACAACGAUAAAGAAGAACACUUUGAACCCGUACUACAACGAGUCUUUCAGCUUUGAGGUGACAUGUGAACAGAUAGAGAAGGUGCAGAUAGCAGUGACUGUGCUGGACUAUGAUAAGAUCGGGAAGAACGACGCCAUCGGGAAGGUGCUGCUGGGCGCUAACAGCACUGGGACCGAGCAAUGCCAUUGGUCAGACAUGCUGGCUAACCCCCGGCGGCCAAUAGCUCAGUGGCACGGCCUCAAGCCAGAGGACGAAAUCAACCCACUAAUAUCCAACAAGAAAUGA